AUGGCUGGGCCAACUCACGCGGCCAGAAGGAGCCAAGAGAAGAGCAGGAGCGAGCAUCUGCCCAGAGGCAGAGAGGGCGCGGGGGAGGCGAGCAAGAGGAGGGCGCGGGGGGCGGAGAGGGCACGGGUGACGGGGGCUCGCUCGCCCUCAUGGGCCGCGCCGGGCUCUCCGGACGCACGGCCGCACCUUCCCAUCAGGGGCUUCCUGGUGCUGGCGAAGGCGCGGCGGCGGCGGCGGGAGCGGCGGCGGCGGGAGCGAUUGCCCAAGUGGGCGCAGCCGGAUCCCCGACCCGGCGCAGCGGAUCCUGCGCCUUGCGCUAGCUCGGCCCAAGCGGGCGCUCCCCGGGCCUCGGGCGGGGUCACGCCACCGGGGGGCUGGCUCGCCCGGCUCCCGCCCGGGCUCCGGAGCCUCUCUGACACCGGCUGCGCGCGGCUCGGCUCCCACUGCCAGUCCCACUCUGGCUGCUGCUCGGGCUCUGCUCUGGGUCUGCUGCUGGCUCCGUCUGACCCACCCCCGUGCCUCUCAGUCCCUCUGUGUUGCUCCGGAUCCAGACGCUGCUCCUUUCCUUGGGGAGCUCAACUUUCUUUCUGCGCGCUCCUCCUGGCUACCUGGCACACGGCUGGGCGGCUGCAGCUGCGGCUUUGGGGGUUCCUGGGGCCCCUGCCCCCAUCUCCCUUGACAACUUGGGGGUGCAAGUUCCGUCUGUCCUUUCUUUGCGUCCCCCGUGGGCUUCAGCGGCCAGUCCCUGUCGUUCUUCCCACGGAAGCAAAGACGGAGUCGCUGGGCACCGGGCACCAAGCAAUGGGCACUGGGCAGCAACGCCGUAGACAGAUGAAGAGACAGCCACACGCAGACUAAGACCGCGAGCGAGCAAGAAUCAAAGAAGCAAACAUCUGCAAGAUGUAUGCCAUCAAUGUUCAUCUGUGGCUUGAUACCCAGCAUUUUUUAAGAGUUCUAAAAGGAACUAGGCUUUGCUACCACAAAGGAAG